AUGGCUCUCUCGUCUCUUCUCCGCAUUUCUUCCCGCAUGGGCCCGACAGCAGCUCGACGGUCACGAAGAGCAGCAUCCACGGCCGCCAGUACUCAUGUGCCACAGAGGAAGCUGGACUCGGUUCUUAUUGCCAACAGAGGAGAGAUAGCAUUACGAGUAGGUCGGACGGCUUCUCAACACGGUAUCAAGGUGACAACGCUAUACACGGAUCCCGACAGACAUGCACAGCAUGCGUUGAGCUCGCCGUUUGCAUUUAACCUCGGCUCAGUCUCUGCAUAUCUCGAUGGUGACCGCAUCAUCGAGAUUGCGAAGAGAGAAGGCUGCCAAGCGAUACAUCCCGGUUACGGUUUUUUGAGCGAAAACUCAGAAUUUGCGCGGAAAUGCACAGAAGCUGGUCUAGUCUUCAUCGGUCCCCCAUGGAAAGCAAUCGAGGAUAUGGGAGACAAGAGCCAGUCAAAGAAGAUUAUGACAGCUGCAGGUGUACCUUGCGUUCCUGGCUAUCACGGCUCAAAUCAAGACGUGAACUUCCUCGAAGCUGAAGCAGAUAAGAUUAAAUACCCCGUGCUUAUUAAAGCAGUCAAAGGUGGCGGCGGGAAAGGGAUGCGUAUCGCCAGGUCUAAAGCCGAAUUUCAGGCUCAAUUGCAGUCUGCAAAAUCAGAAGCCAUGAACUCGUUCGGAGACGACCACGUCCUGGUCGAGAAGUACAUUACAACACCACGUCACAUCGAAGUUCAGGUUUUUGCUGACAAGUACGGAAACUGUGUCGCUCUGGGCGAGAGAGAUUGCAGCAUACAAAGACGGCAUCAGAAGAUCCUGGAGGAGUCACCCGCACCCCAUCUACCAGACACGACCAGAAAAGAUAUCUGGGCGAAGGCGAGAGCUGCGGCGCUGGCCGUAGGCUACGAGGGCGCCGGUACCGUUGAGUUCAUUUUCGACAACGACACCGGCGAAUUCUUCUUUAUGGAGAUGAAUACUCGGUUGCAAGUUGAGCAUCCCGUGACAGAGAUGGUGACCGGUCAGGACCUCGUCCACUGGCAGAUCAAAAUCGCGGAGGGCGCCCCUCUACCAUUGUCUCAGGACCAAGUUGAAGCUGAAAUGUCUCACCGCGGACACGCCAUCGAGGCUAGAAUAUACGCAGAAAACCCGGACCAAGGUUUCAUCCCUGACUCUGGCACUCUGCUGCACGUCCGCACUCCUGCGACGUCAGACGACGUCAGAAUAGAUGCAGGUUUCGUGGCUGGAGAUGAAGUGUCAGCUCACUACGACCCAAUGAUUGCAAAACUGAUCGUUCGCGGUGCCACCCGACAAGAGGCAAUCCGCAAACUAGCAGCCGCCUUGGAAGAAUAUGAGGUCGCAGGCCCUAUCACCAACAUCGAGUUCAUCAAAUCUGUCUGCAGAAGCCCAGAUUUCAUCAAGGGCGAGGUGGAGACGGGCUACAUUGAAAAGCACCGCGAUGAAUUGUUCGUUAAGGACCCAAUUGAGGAUGAGGUCCUUGCACAAGUGGCGCUGGCUUGUCUACACCACAACUCCGAAUCAGCGACCGGAAAGCAGGCAAACUUUGAAGGGUCCGCUGUCGGAUUCACCCCCAGCUACCAAGUACGAGAGAUGACACUAGCAGAACUGACUCCGGGACGGAAAGAUGGCUCAAAAUUCAAUGUUCGUGUCAAGCAGACUGGCAACAAUGUAUUUGACAUCGAGGUUGGCAGUCGUGUUUUCGAACAAGUGACGAGCCACAGCGAUCCCGCGUCCAAAGUCGUGACAUCCUUCUUUCCCCACACUCGACUUGACACAACUGUGAUACAAGACGGAGAUUCCAUCGUUGCGUUCCAGCGAGGCAACCAAUACCGCCUAACGAUCCCACGGGCCAAAUGGAUGGAAAAAGCAUUGGGCAUGAAGGAUGUCACCAACAGUGUCUUGGCCCCAAUGCCCUGCAAGGUGCUGCGCGUGGAGGUCAAGGCAGGCGAUGUUGUGGAAAAAGACCAGCCGCUGGUUGUGAUUGAGAGUAUGAAGAUGGAAACAGUAAUUCGCAGCCCUCAGAAGGGAACCAUCUCCAAAGUGGUACAUCAAAAAGGGGAUCAAUGCAAGAGCGGCACUCCUCUGGUCGAAUUCGCAGAGGAAGGUGACGGGACUUCCAAUUGA